AUGGUCUCAGUGAAAGAGCCUGAAGAGGGUCUCCUUCUCGAGUCUAGAGCAAGUGAGCCAAAAGAACAAGGAGGCGUCAGGGAUUCCACCUUCGAUCAGCAGUUUGCGAACAGUAACCGCAACAGCAUGGCAGACCAGGCACAGGCGCGCAUGCUGUCGGCUGCCUUUCCGACACCCCCGCCGUACUACAAGCACUUUACCAAGCAGAAUGUCACCAAAGUCCGCCAGAUUCGCAAAGAGGCUGCUACAAACACCAACCAAGUCGACGUGGAGUCGUUGCCCGCCGAGCUGCGAUACCUGAUCCCUCCCGAGCCACCGGCAGAUGGUCGCUACAAGAGCUUUGGAGCGCUACACGAUGUGCGUACCUUGACACGCGCCGUACUCCUCAACUUCCUCGAAUUGGUCGGCACUCUUUCUGUCAACCCUACACAAGGCCCGGAAAAGGUCGAGCACCUGCAAACUCUCUUCUACAAUCUGCACGACUUGAUCAAUCGCUAUCGUCCUCAUCAAGCACGUGAGAGUCUGAUCAUGACUAUGGAGGACCAGUUGGACAAGAUCAGAGCUCAGAUCAAGGGUGUCAAUGCCGCCAAGGAUCGCAUGCAACAAGUCUUGGGCGACAUACGCAGCAACGCCAUCUCGGACAACAUCGAAACACCCGCCAAACAAGAGAAGGCCUCAGAGUCAGAGGCACCUCGACUCACCGACAGCAUACACAAAGCCAUGUACGACGCCCUGGAACAUGAUCUCGACGAUUGA